AUGUUGAUUACGGACCAUCAUUUCGAAAAGACAGCUAGAACAUCUGAAAUCAAAGACAUGAUGGAGUUGAAAUUGACAAUUCUUUCAACAAUUCUUCUUCUUCUCACUCUUUCCAACACGUGGCACACUGAAGCCAUUGUUGUGCCGAUGGAGAAACUGGAAGAGGACUUGUUCGUUGUUGGUGAUGAGGAUGAGGAUGGUGAUGAAAGUGACAAUGUGGAUUCCACAAGAGUUCCGAUCGAGUCUCCAGAUUUGGAUCACAAUAAUGGGAUUGAAGAUGUGAGGAUGGAGGAAACAGAAGCAGUGUUGAUUCCAGCUGGUUGGAGAAGAUUCCGUUCACGAAUAAGAAGUGGUCUGCGUCGAAUUCGAAACAUAUAUCGAAGAGUUCCAAUUCCAAUCUUUGUUAGGGUUCCACUAUAA